AUGGGGAAAUCAUUUUGCCGGGAAGAGUUAAAGCGCACGGAGAUCAACCUGAAGUGGGGAGGGAGCGGAUUUCUGGACGAGGGAGUCCAGCCUGACAGUUUCCGCAUCGCCUUCGUGGCUACCUGCCCCCACCAAACCUCCAAGAGACUUCAGCGGGGGGGAACCUCUUCUUUCCCGGUUUGCCUUCUAGACAAGAGCAAGUCAUUCCUAGAUCUCCUGUUUCCGUCCAACUUCCAACCCUCCUCCCUGAAAAUGCAGCAGCCGAUAGUGAUUGUGACUCAACCGCAGUUUGGAGUUGCUGGGGCUCCCGGGAUGAACUGGCAAACGGGCCUCCUCGAUUGCUGCAGUGACUUCGGAGUCUGCCUCUGCGGGACAUUCUGCUUCACGUGCCUCUCGAGCCAGGUGGCCAGCGAUAUGAACGAAUGCUGCCUGUGCGGGUCGAGCGUGGCCCUGAGGACUAUGUAUCGCACCAAAUACCGCAUCCCCGGAUCCAUCUGCAACGACUAUAUGAUUACCAUGUGUUGUCCUAACUGCUCUCUGUGCCAGAUAAAGAGAGACAUUAACCGCCGAAAAGCGCUGAAUAUUUUCUAGAAGAGCAAGAUGGAGGUUUGGUUUUUGAUGAACAGAUCGCCAUCGAGGACAGCUCGUGAAAGAUUACCACAUUCGCUUUCUCCUCUGCUAUUCUGUCUUCUGAUUUAAUCGCCGUAGCUUGGUAUGGGCCUAUGAAGAAAGCACACUCUCAAUUUUUAAAUGGGAAUUUUCCCCAAAUAAUCUCUUUCCGCCAGCGUUACAAGCUUAACCUCAAAAACCAUGUUACCAAAAUAAAAAAAUUGUCAGUUAAAAAACACUCUCAGAGUGCCUGAUGUC